GAGAGAGAGAGAGAGAGAGAGAGAGAGAGAGAGAGAGAGAGAGAGGACAACCCAAACACAGACGGUUAGCAGACAACUAUUAAACAACGGCGGCCUGACAGUCAUUUAAAUGAACUAAUUCUUCAGCGGUAAAACUAAACAAUGUGACCAAGUGAGAAGGAUACCUUGGUGGGGACUGUCGGAAACACAUGACAACCAACUUUGGAUGUUGUGAGAGGCGCACCAUGGCAUCUCAGCCGAGUAUAUACAAUGAGAAAAGGAACCGUCUUCGCCUCCAAGCAUGGGAACAGAGGAACCAAGAAACAAGCCAAACCAAAGAACUCAGCCAUGAGAAUGUGCCACUCUUUAAGGAACCAUACAAAACAAACAAAGGGGAUGAGCUUUCCAAUCGAAUCCAGAGGAUGCUGGGCAGUUAUGAAGAUGUGAAUAAUCCAUAUCCCUUUGCCAUUGAUCCUUUACCCAUUCCUACAUAUGUAACCUCCUCACAGUCAGAUCAGGGUCAGCCAAACACCAAUAAACCAACCAAACCUCCAUUCCAUAACCAGGUCCAUUACAUGGCCACCCAAAGUCAGAAAUCCCCCUCUAGUAAUGGUUACUCUUCUCAGCCCAUGGGGACGUUCACUACCUCUUCUCCUAACCAACAUGGUCAUUCAUCAGUUUUCUCAAAUGUGUCUUUGAACCACAGUCAGCUCAGCUUCUCAGCACAUCAACAAAAGAGUGAAGCCAUCUCAGAUCUCAGGGAGCGUGGCAGCCUUCCCCAGGAAAUGUCUUCUCAGUCUCCUGAUACUAAGCCGCCACCCUUCCCACAAUACAGUGACCAUGAUACCAGUGACAUGGACACUAAGGACACCUUUGAUAGACAUCAAGUUCAAGGUUCCACAGAUCACCCUUCUGAGUCUGCCAGCACAAGGGAAGUUUCCACAUUUAACCUAAAACAGUCACCCAAAGAUGCAUCUCUGGCUCAAGCCAACAAGGGUAACGCACUACCUUCCCAGACCUUCCCUUCACUCCUGUCGUCGAAGCAGCCCAGCGUAGUCAUGACCCAGAAGCCAACAGCGUAUGUGCGGCCCAUGGAUGGUCAGGACCAAAUGGUCAGCGAGUCACCUGAGCUGAAGCCUUCGCCAGAGCCAUAUGUAUCUCUACCGGAGUUAAUCAACAAAUCUGACAUGGGCAAAACGAAGAUACUGCCACAAUUUUUGGAGACAAGGACAAAUGAAGUUCUUUGUGUCGAGGACAUCUUGAGGGAAAUGACCCACUCGUGGCCCCCUCUCCUGACAGCUAUACACACACCUAACACAGGUGAACCCAUAAAGUCCCCGUUCCCAGCCAAGGAAUCUGAGCAUGUCUCCUCAUUUCCAGAACAAAAAAACUAUCCUAAAGAAUCCUCUCCUGUACAUCCAUCCCAGCUCAUCCAGCAGAGCCCCUCAUUUUCAUUUGAAGCAGCCCAUUCCAGAGGGGUAGAGUCCACUAGCUCCAGCGACUCGGAGAGUAGCUCAAGAUCAGAGUCGGACAGUGAAAGCAUCAUCGAGGAUCCACCUCAACUUCCUGUGGGCAACUCUGUUAAAGCCGAGCCGGAUGCUCCAGCAGUGUCCCAUGGUGAUUGGCAGUUGGGGAACUGGAUCAGGCCCAGCCAGCAGAACUCUGGCACUGAAAGUAGAAGUGGUGUACAUGUCUCUGACAGCCCAGCGCAGAAACAGCUACCGCCCACUCAAAGCUCCAAGCCCUCGUUCAGUGUAGAGGUGGUUGACACCACCAGGGAAUCUAAACCUCAGCCUUCUUCUCAGCUAAAAGAGUUUUCUGAUAAGCUUGCAAAACUCCAGCAGCACAGUGAAAGCCCCUUGGACAACUGUACCUAUCAAAGUAGCCAAAAAAAAAACUCUGCUGACUUGAACAGCUGUAGCAGUUCCAGGAAACCUUCAUGCAACACACACUCCUCAAAACCAGCACAGGCAAGUUUCCCAGAUUGCACUGAAGCAACUAUCAGUGUGAAGUGUGAGGAAGUUGUCGCCACACAAGACAAAGACCCCCUUUUCCCAGAUAGACCCAAGGUUAAGACGAAAACAGGACAUAGCAAGAAAAGCAAGGACAACAGUGACACUAAAAGAAACAGUAAGAGGACUUCUAAACACAAGUCACUUGACAAAGGGAAGGCUGGAUCAGAGCCUGUUGUCACGAUGGUGCUGUGUGGUCAUUGUCCAUCGUGUGGUGUACAAUAUCCUAACCCCUGCUCCUGCCCCACUCAAAGUCCUGCUCAGCCUGACCAGCUGCCUCCUGCCCCACCACUCAGAAUAAGUUGCACCAAACCAAAGUUAGAGACCAUUUGCCAGAAGGGCACCAAGAUCUCUAACAAAACAACCCACAAGCACUACAAGAAUACAGGGCAGACAGCCAAGAGUUCUCGGGACCCCUACAGGCCUCCUCGAUCCCUGCUGGUGAAGGUUGAUCUAAGUCUCCUCUCAAGAGUCCCCCAGACCUCCGGCAACCACCAGGAGAUACCCAGCAAUGCAAAGAGAUCAGCACAGGUCAUAGAGCAAGAUGGAGGGGGCAGUGAUGCUUCUACAACAAAAAAACUCUCCAAAACCAGCAAAAAGAGUGUAUCACAAAAUGUUGAGAUAGACCAUACACCUCUUCCCAGGAAGAAACAGAGGCUGGACAGCAAAAAUGCCUCAUCAACUCAUGCUUCUGUCAAACUAGAACGUUCCAGCAAUUCAAAAGAGGACAGAGAGCGAAAUAAGGCAAAGAAAAUUCCUGUUCCUUUGCAGCAGCCUCUGACUCCCAAUAAUGCUGCUAAAGGUCCAAAGGUGCACAGACACAGUACUGGAGAGGCCCAGAAGUCUAGUAAGAAGGCUAUGAAGAGCAUCGACACCCAUAAGCACAAGAAGAGCAGAGCAAAGCACACAGAAGAUCCACAAUUUGAAAAGAAGAAGCCCCCAAAGAGCAGCCUCACCAUCCCAUCAUCAUCAUCAUCAUCAUCAUCAAAGCCCACAAGGGAAGUUUUGAGCAACAGGCCCCUGGUCAGAUUUGAGGACAGGCAUUAUCCUGUAAAGCAUUACAUAAAGGAGGCCAAAAAGCUGAAGCACAAAGCAGAUGCAGAAUCAGAUAAGCACAGUAAAGCUUUCAACUACCUGGAUGCAGCCAUGUACUUUGUUGAAAGUGGCAUUGCGAUGGAAAAAGAUCCACACAUUUCAAUGUCUUCCUACACUAUGUUUGCAGAGACAGUGGAACUGCUCAAGUUUGUACUGAAACUUAAAAACUCAGUGGACCCCUGUGCUUCACCUUCAGAAAAGGACUUUUUAGCAUUAUGUUUGAAGUGCCAGUCUCUCCUGCAGAUGACCAUGUUUCGCCACAAACACAAAACUGCACUCAAGUAUUCAAAGACCCUCACUGAUCACUUCAGUAACUCAACAACUCUUGAUCCUCCUGUUUUAACACCAAAAGUCACAGACACCCCGUCCUACAAGCCCAACAUGCCGUCUCCAGCCAACACAUCCACCAGUUCUGGUCCGGCCUCCCACCACAGUGGCAGCGGGCUGGUUGUGGAUACUGUCGGCAGCACUGUGGCAAUUCCCCAGGCCAUUGGACAGGUGGCCUUCACCUACGUCAACAUCACUAUGUUAUUCUUGAGCGCACAUGACAUCUGGGAGCAGGCAGAGGAGCUGGCACAAAAAGGCAGCGGAAUGCUGGCGGAGCUGGACACAGUAAUGGGCCAAUUGCGCUUAACGUCAAGUAUGACCUCUAUGGUCCGUUACACGAGACAAGGCGUCCACUGGCUGAGGAUGGACAGCCAGAAGGUAAAGUGACAAUCAACCUAUGAACCCUUCAAACUGCCACUCUCUCUUCACUUCACCUCAGUGUGUAGAACUCUGAUACCAACCUGGACUGUCCCUCAGGCUCGUGCCAGUUUUCUUUACUUCACAUGGACAUUAACUCAUCAAAAAACAGUAGACAAAGAUGUCCUCUCAUGUGAUGUAAUGAUACCACGCUGAUCCUUGCACUUGUUAUUUAUUGUUUUCUCUCAUGUCCACUUUGGUGUCUUUCUCUUUCUCACAUUUUCAUGAACAUAGGUUACGUCUGCCGCUGUUCACAUAUUUCAUGUCUUGCACCUACAUUGUACCUUCCUGUUCCUCUUCUUCUUCUUCAUCAGUUAAGGUGUGAAAUCAUGUGUGAUUCACAGCUCUUUAUUCAGGAGUGACCUUAACUUAAUUUGUAGCAGAUCAAACAUAACCAAAAGUGCAAUUUGGUGGCUCUAUAAUUCUCCCCAGCCUUAUCAUGUGGUUGUGGUGCAAGUCAUGACUGAGAUCUUAUUUAUUAACACAACUUUAGUCACUAAUGUUACUGUAAGGCUCCAAAAUCAUUGUUCAAAAGUAUCAUGUUUUGUAUUAAUUUCUCUUAAAAAAGAGAUUUAUGUUUCACUCUGAAAGAUUGUUGUGAUUUGGAUUCCAAGGUUUUGUGUACUUUAAAUCCUACAUUUUCUCCCACAAAUCAGGGAAAAUUACCCUUGAGAAUUCAGGUGUGCAUGAUGUCAUUUCUUAUAACAUUUGUAUUGGUGACACAGUCUCAUCUUGACUAUGUAGGAAGUAGAGACAAGUCAGAUAUGAGGAGAUUGUUGCAGAAGCACUAAUAUAAUAUCAGUUUAUUCCUUUUUAGCUUAUCCAUUGUUUGCAUCUGUAUUUUCAGUUUUUCAAAUGAGUGUAGCCAGGUUUACUCAGCUCUGGUUAGAUUGAAACACACUUCUUCUGCCAUCAUAAUUGCAUUUAUAAGGAUAA